UCAAAAAAGCUAGAGUAGCAUUAGGGCUCUUGGCUAUGGCGUCGCCAGCAGCAGCAGCAGCGGCAACAGGGCCGGCGGCCACGGCCUACUGGCGCGUCGCGGGCAUGACCUACAUGUCCUACGCAAACGCCUGUGCCACGCACCUCCGCAAGUGCCUCAAGGAGCCCUACAAGACCCAGACUGCCGCCAGGGAGCAAGUCCACUACAAGAUCACCAAGUGGGUCGACGGCGUCGCCCAAAAGCCAGAGUUUCGGGGAACCGGAGGAUUCGAGUGAGAGUGGUCGAUCCAUUGCCCCCAAAUAAUUGGAAACGCUUGUUAGGCUCUCCCUCUCUCUCUUUUGUUUCUUCUGGCUUGGUGAUUCCUCCAGCAAUAACCUGUAGAGGAUUCAACACGAUAAUUUUCGCUGAAAUUCGAGAAAGCUCUCAUAGUUUUGGCCCGAA